AUGAGGUACCUGAAAAAGUGUAGGCUACUCUGCUGCGUGUACCUCCUAGUGGCAGGGAUCGGAACGCUUGCCUUUAGGAAGAACAAGCUUGACGGGGGUGCCAUAAACAUACAAGGGAAACCAAACAUGGGAGAGGUGAAGCAGAAUGGAACGGUGACGAACCAAACAAGUACAAAUACAUGUAGUGGUAAUUACAACAAAAGUGCCGGAGGGGGGGAGUGCCCAAUGGACGCAUCAACAACAAAUGGAGUAGAACAGAAGGAACAGACGCAACAGACGCAAGACGUGGGGAAGGUGCAAAACGAAGCUUCAAAUAAGAACAACAUUCUGGACAAUGUCGUGAUCCCGGAAGAUGCAUUCGAAAGUGCCAAAAGUUUGUGUGAGUUUGUAGUAAUAAAAGGGGAACAAUUUAAAGCAUUUUGCAAGCAGACCAUUUUUUUCAAAGAAAUUCAGCUUCUAAAAGAGAAGGAUCCAAAUCUGUAUGCACAGAUAGCAGGUGAGUCAUAUGAGAACCAAGCUACCUCCAGUUUCCAGAUCCUGAAGGAUGAGGGAGAUAAGAAAAUCGUAAUGGAGGACGACAAACAUGAUCCGAAGAUGUCCAUUUUUUUUUUAUUUCAAAAAAUGUGCGUUGGGGGAAUCCCUCUGGCGUGUGCUAACAUACUCAAAGUGGACAACGUGUUUGACGUGAAUCAGAGUGGGAAGCCAAGUGGGGGCAGUGCCGAUAUGGCGGAAGCAGAAGACGUGGAAGGUGAAAUAACGGGCGCCACGGAGGAGGGAAGCCAGGGGGUUUCGGAAAGCAUCACAGACUUGACCGAGGAGAGCAGUUGA